AGAUAAUAUUAGUACCCAUCUCUCAUUCCUCCAUUUGAACUCUAAGGCGAAUGAUGAAUUAUUGAUCUUCCAAAUAUCUUAGGAAAAAAAUAUUUGCGCUUUAAAAAGUAAAACUGCCUUGAAAGAUUACUGCAGCUUCUUGAAGCUAAAGAUUCUUAUUUAAGCAUUUUCAUCCAAGACAGGAAAUGAAAACAAAUGAAAUGAUCGCAAAAGCACAGUUUGAAUGUUACCAGAAAUUUCUACAAGUUCCUGUGCAUGAGAAUACAGGUUCUUACUGCAAUAGAACAUGGGAUGGCUGGUUAUGCUGGGAUGACACUCCUGCAGGAAAAACAGCCGAACAGAACUGUCCACCUUACUUUCAGGAUUUUGAUUAUAGUGAAAUAGCAUUUAAAGUCUGUGAAGAAAAUGGACAUUGGUUUGUACACCCUGAGAGCAAGAGAGUAUGGACCAAUUACAGCCUCUGUUCUGGUAAUAACCAGGAUAACAAGGCAGUUUGGAAUUUAUACUACAUUGCUAUUAUUGGCCUUAGCCUUUCCUUGGUUUCACUGUUGAUUUCCCUUGGCAUAGUCCUCUACUUUAAGAGCUUGAGUUGCCCAAGGGUCAGUUUGCAUAAGAAUCUUUUUUUUAGUUUUAUUUGUAAGUGUGUUGUAUCACUUACUACUCUGGAAGGAAUUGUCCAGCAGCAGCCACUGGUUACAACUCCUCCAGUAUGUACUGUGCUUCACAUCUCCCAAGUCUAUUUUUUUCUUUGCAACUUCUUCUGGAUGCUCUGUGAAGGCAUUUACCUCUACAUUGUCACUGUGGUAAAUGUAUUUGCAAAAAGACAGGCCUUGCGGUGGUAUUAUUUUCUCGGCUGGGGAUUCCCUUUAAUUCCUGCCUCUAUAUAUGCUGUAGCCAGAAGCAUGUAUUUCAAUGAUAACUGCUGGUACAGAGCAGAUACUCUUUUAUUCUAUAUCUUCGCGGGGCCUAUCUUCACUGUUCUCUUGGUGAAUUUACUGAUCCUGAUAAGGAUCAUUUACAUUGUCAUAAAGAAGUUGAGAGCCAGACAUCUUAAAAAAUCUAUUCAGUACCUGAAAGCUGUGAGGGCCACCUUCAUUUUAGUACCACUCCUCGGCAUCCAAAUCCUGUUGGCUUCCUAUGAACCAAGUGGCAGAACUAGCAAGGAGAUUCAUAAAUAUGUGCUCCAUAUUUUUAUAUAUUAUCAGGUAUCCAGUCUCUUGAAAUAUAUGCAGUUUACAAGGAUUGCUAAGGAAUGUUGCAGGGUUUGUUAUUGUCAAUAAUAUUAUGCUUUUCUGAUAAAAAGGUUCAUUCUGUUUUCAGAAAGCUAUGGAAUCGAUUCCAAGCAUCACUUUAAAAUCAACAUUCCGCUUAAUGCAGACAACUCUGAACAUCUGGAUGGAGCCACAACAGAUAAUGUUGCUUUAAAAAAAAACUUUUUGGCCAAUUGCAAUACACUCUGUGCAAGUAAUAUCCUGUUGUUGCUUUUUAAAGAAAUCAUUCAUUACAAUAUUAUAUUCUUAUAAGAAACAGAGUUAAGACUGUAAUAGUGUAAAUAUUGUAAAAACAGAAUGCAAAAUGUAUCAAGCUGUUUGGUGUAUUGGUUAAGGUCUAGAAACUAGGAUACUAUCAGUUCCAGUCCCACCUUAAGCAUGAAAUUUGACUGGGUGACUUUCAACAGUCCCUCUCUCUCUGUCAGAACCCAUAUUCUAAGGGGGCCUUUCCUAUCUUUAACACAAUCUCUACUCUCUCUAUAAUCCUGGGUUCUGCCAUGCUCCUGGAGAGGAAGGGGAAAGCUGGGGUUUAUUGCUCUGUUUCCCUUCUAUUGCUACACUGUAACACUUUGUUGUUUCUGCAUACUUCCCUUGUGAACUAUCUCUCCCCUUGAUGUCAGCUAGAAAGGGGAGGAAGAAGAAAGGAAUGCGCCUCCGGCACUGGUUUAUCUCCACGUUGAAGGGAAGAUAUGAAAGCCGACAUAACAUUGCUACAACCCUGAGACAGCCUGGCAUUAUCAGCUCUUUCCCACAACACCUGGGGAUUGGCCCAUGUGAACUGACCGGAUGAACCUUUGGGUUGGGGUUUGUUUGGGACACUUUUAACCUAUUGAUCUGAGCAGAAAACCCUCAGAUCCUGUCUAUCUUGCCUGCUAUCAGCU